AUGCAUCAGAAGAAAUCAGAAGUACAGAUCGGAAAAGAAAGCACUGGCGUCUCUUCCGAUUUCAACCCUACUCCACCGCUAUUUGUUUUCCCUUCAAAUAUUCAUCAAAAACAUCAACCUUCAUCUGAAACCACCACUGCUAUUCAAGGAAUUCCUCAAAUUUUGAUUCAAAAUGAUCCUAUUACCCCUUCUCCUUCUCCUUACAAACGUCCUCAACAUUCUUCCUCUCUUUCUAAAUCCCCAACUUUGUAUCAAUUGAAUCCUCCAUUCAAUUCUCACCAACAAAACCAAACUUUUAUUUCCUUUCCAAUUGCUGCUAAAUCCGCUGCUUUUCGUUUCCUUCGCCGUUUUAAACACCUUCGUCGUCUUAGAGUUCAUCUUCGUUUAAUCCUUUUAUUAUCUCUUCCAUUUUUUUAUUUCUUGGUUUCUAAUCCUAGUCAUUCCUUUUUUCUGGAUUUUCUAUCGGCUUUCGCCUUCUCAGCAGCUUUAUUAUUCUCUUUAAACCUUGCACUCCCUCGAUUACCUUCAAUUCGCUUGUUCUUAGCCCGUUCUUUCCCUAUAAAGCUCGCCACAUCUCCUACAAUAACUAAACCCCCUUUACCUGUGUUUUGGUCUAUUGGGUCGCGCCCCAAAUUGGACAAAAGGGUAAAUUCUGGGUGCUGGGUGCAGGUUUAUAGGAACGGGGACGUAUAUGAAGGUGAAUAUCACAAGGGGAAAUGUUCAGGGAGUGGAGUGUAUUAUUAUUACAUGAGUGGGAGAUAUGAAGGGGACUGGGUUGAUGGAAAAUACGAUGGGUAUGGAGUUGAGACUUGGGCGAGAGGAAGCCGUUAUAGAGGGCAAUAUAGGCAGGGCCUUAGGCACGGGUUUGGUGUGUACAGGUUUUAUACUGGAGAUGUUUAUGGAGGAGAGUGGUCUAAUGGCCAGAGUCAUGGUUGUGGAGUUCAUACUUGUGAAGAUGGAAGUCGUUAUGUUGGGGAAUUCAAGUGGGGUGUCAAGCACGGCCUUGGCCAUUACCAUUUCAGAAAUGGGGACACAUAUGCUGGAGAAUAUUUUGCAGACAAGAUGCAUGGUUUUGGUGUCUAUCGUUUUGCCAACGGGCAUCGGUAUGAAGGAGCAUGGCAUGAGGGUAGAAGGCAAGGGCUUGGAAUGUACACAUUUAGAAAUGGGGAAACCCAAUCCGGUCACUGGCAAAAUGGAAUUCUGGAUGUUCCAAGUACACAGAACACCACUCAUCCUGUAUGUCCUGUGGCUGUCUAUCACUCCAAAGUACUCAAUGCAGUCCAGGUAUUUAACUCUUAUAGCUUAAAUUUUAUUUAAUACUUCUGCUAGUGUUAGGGCAUACAUUGUUAGCUACAAUUGUACCUCAUAAAUUUCUAAGAGUGUUACUGUCAUUGCACUGAAUAUCCCCCGUAGUAGAACAUAAUGUGAUUGGAAUAUCUUUAGUUUUGCAUUUAUAGCAAUUUAGUGUGGUAGA